CCGAAAAUAUUUGGAAAAUUUGGGUAAUUCUAUAAAUAGAUGUAGAAACGUUGAUGAAACCAUUUCAUUUCAUUUCAUUUCAUGCUCUCUCUCUACAACUGCUGGGUAAUAAAGAAAUAAAGUGAUAGAUUUGGGUAAUAAUGGGAAGGGUAUUUAUGAUCACUCUUGAAGGCAACUUCUACAGUUGCAAAUACUGUAAAGCCCAUUUUGCUCUUGUUGAUGACAUUCUCUCUAAGACCUUUCACUGCAGAAAUGGGAAGGCUUAUCUCUUUGAAGAUGUUGUAAAUGUCAUGGAAGGAGAACCAGAGGAUCGAAUGAUGAUGACAGGAUUGCACACUGUUGUUGACAUAUUCUGUGUUGGUUGCGGUUCAAUUGCAGGAUGGAAAUAUUUGUAUGCACAUGAGAAGUCACAGAGGUAUAAGCAAGGAAAAUUCAUCCUUGAGAGGUUUAAGGUUUUGGGUCCUGAUGGAAGCAACUACAUGAUCGCCCCAGAAGCUCAUGCUAUUGAGGAAAGCGAUGAUGAUCUUUGAUUGACUAUGCAAUCUAGAAUCAUUUACAUAACUGUACAUGUUCUUCUUUCGGCAUUGUUUUUUCAUGCCGGGUGACUUCCAUUUUUGCUGCUUUUAGGUUCAUUUAUUUACAAGUAGCAUUAGACUUUUUUUUUCUCCUGAUCCCGAUUUAUUCACUUAUGCACAAGCAAUUUGCAUUUGUUGCAAUGGGGAAUCAUUGAAUGCAGCUUCAUGCUUCUUCUUUUUCCAGAA